AGCUAAUCGCACAUCGAAAAACAUCCUUCGUCAAGAAACGUGCAAGUUUAUAAAAUUCAACCUGUGGAGGAAUCAACGACUUCUGCAAUGUGAACUUUGGGGAAUUAAAUCCUCGAGAAGCGUGCAAAGGAAAAAGCUACUGAACUUACCCAUUAAGAAGCAAUCCAGUUGAAGUUUACAUGAAAGUGAUGUUCUAGAAAAAAACCACCAACGAUAGCCAUAUUCUGCUGCGUGGUUCUUUAGUGUGUUUGUAUCCCGUUGUGGAUUAUUAUGAGGCGCCAUGGCGUGGUGUGACCGUGGGUGUCAGAUACUGUUGACCAUCGUGGGCGCUUUUGCAGCUUUCAGUCUGAUGACAAUAGCUAUUGGGACCGACUACUGGCUCUAUUCUCGGGCGUACAUAUGUAACGCCACCAAUGUCACCACGGAGGACAUGCAACCCAAGAAAACUAGAGGCGACCUGACGCACUCCGGGCUGUGGCGGAUUUGUUGUAUAGAAGGGAUCAACAAAGGAAGCUGUCUUCGGAUCAAUCACUUCCCAGAAGAUAACAACUAUGACACAGACAGCUCGGAAUACAUCUUACGUAUAGUGCGGGCCUCCAGCCUCUUCCCCAUCCUGAGCAACAUCUUGUUGUUGCUGGGAGGACUGUGUGUCGGGGCUGGGAGGAUCUACAGCAGUAGGAACAACAUCCUGCUCAGCGCCGGCAUCCUGUUUGUGGCUGCAGGUCUAAGCAACAUCAUCGGCAUCAUCGUCUACAUCUCCAGUAAUGCCGGUGACCCCAGCGACAAGAAGGACGAGAACAACAAGGGCAGCUAUGGAUACGGCUGGUCUUUCUACUUCGGAGCUCUGUCCUUCAUCGUGGCCGAGUCCGUCGGCGUUCUCGCUGUCAACAUCUACAUCGAGAAGAACAAGGAGACGCGGUGCCGGGCGAGGCGUGAGUUCAUCAAAACCACCUCGCCCUACUCCCGUAUCCCUAGUUACCGUUACCGGCGGCGACGCUCCAGUUCCCGCUCCACCGACCCGUCCCGAGAGACCUCACCCGUCGGGGUGAAGAUGGGAGGAGGAGGAGGAGGGGGAGCAGGUGUAGGAAGUGGAGCAAGCUUUGGGAUGCCCAUGGGUGGGAUCUCCAUGUACGCCCUCAGCAGGGACACUAUGAAAAGUGGGAUAGCUGGGUACUGUAGUCCAGAGCGUGACUCAAGCUUCCUGCAGGUCCACAACUGCUUCCAGAAAGAUCUGAAGGAGGGUGUGAACAGGAGAACGACUCCCGUGUGAGAGUUGGAACGCAUCUCUGAACUUGGAAGGAUACAGGAGACUUCACAAAACUGUAAAGGAAACAGCUGGACAGCACAAGACCCAGGAUCAUUGUUGCAGCUACAAAACCCAGACCAUCUUCCAUGUUGAAAGGUCAUAGUUCAUAUGAUGGAGUGUGCUCUUUUCUUUGGUAUAACAAAUUGCCGUCUGUAUUCGUUUGGAUGUGGAGGAGAAAUGGAACCUUACCUAAGGUUUAUUACGAAAACCUUUGGUAAAGCUAAUAUAAGUCCAUUUACAAAAGACUACAGAAACCCAGACCUUUAGUAGCAAUGCUUUUGUGAUACAUGAUAGUGUUUUGCAUACCCCUCAACAAAUGGUAUUCAUAUCUUGUUGUUUUGAUGUUGUCAAGUGAUAAAACUCACUUGAGGGGUUUUGCCAUUGUAACUGGUGCUAUACACUUUCAAUACACUUUCAAUACACUUUAAAUAUUCUGAUUACACUCAGAGAAAGGGUUCCAAAAUAGUUGUUUUGGCUGUAGCAGAACCCUUUUUUGGUUCCGGGUAGAACUCUUUUGGAAAGGGUUCUAUAUUGAAUAAAAAAUAUGAACAUAAAAGAUCCCAGAAAUGUUCCAUGCGCACAAAAAGCUUAUUUCUCUAAAAGGUUGUGCACAAAUUUGUUUACGUCCCUGUUAGUGAACAUUUCUCCUUUGCC